CACGGUGACGCCCCCAUCCCCCGUCCCCAGCGAGAGGAGGAGCCCCGCGCGGUGCCAUGGCCGCGCUCGUGCGCCCCAUGUGCUCGCGCGUCUGCGCCGCUCUCCCCUCUCUUCCCCUCUACCACCCGCUCCACUCGCGUCUCGCGGCCCCGCUCUGCUCCCGCCUGGGGGUCCCGGGGUCCCAUCGCCGCCCGUGGAGCGGUGCGGCCCCGUCGUCGCCCGGCCCCGGGGCCACCACGCUGGCGGGAGCAGCCGCGGCCGCCGCCGCCGCUGUCUCGGGGCCCCAGCAGCAGCAGCAGGAGGAUGAGGAGGAGACGCGGAGGCGGCGACAGCGGGCCCGCGGGUUCGCGCUGCGCCUCGCGGGCGCUCUCGCGCUCUGCGGGGGUGUCGCCGGCGUCUACGUCUUCGGGGCCAAUGCACUGGACGAAGAUGGAAAGGAGGUGCCGGAUGAAUUUGAUAAUGAUCCCGUUGUAGUACAACAAGUGAGACGUGCUUAUCAGUACUUCAAGGACUACAGACAGAUGAUCAUUGAGCCGACAAGCCAGAAGCUGCUGCCGGACCCCCUCCGCGAGCCAUACUACCAGCCCCCUUACACGCUCGUCAUCGAGCUCACCGAUGUGCUGCUGCACCCGGAGUGGUCGUUGAGCACAGGGUGGCGAUUUAAGAAGCGUCCUGGCAUCGACUAUCUGCUGCAGCAGGUGGGCCAGUUGUUCGAGAUCGUCGUCUUCACAUCGGAAACAGGCUUGACCGCGUUUCCGCUGGUGGACAGCAUCGAUCCCCAGGGGUACAUAAUGUAUCGGCUCUUCCGGGACGCCACGCGCUACCUGCAGGGCCAGCAUGUGAAGGACCUCUCAUGUCUCAAUCGGGACAUGUCCAAGGUGAUCAUGGUGGAUAGCAAGCGCGAGGCAUUUCAGUUGCAACCAUUUAAUGGCGUGGCGCUUGGCCGCUGGGAUGGCAGCUCGGAUGACCGCGUGCUCUAUGACCUCGCCACCUUCCUGCGGACCAUUGCUCUGAGUGGAGUGGAGGACGUGAGGACAGUGUUGGAGAACUACAGCAUGGAGGACAACCCAAUCGAGGCUUUCAAGCGAAGACAAGCCCAGCUGCAGGAGGAGCAAAAGCGAGCUGCUGAGGCUGUCCAGCAGAUGCAAACAAAGACCCCGCUCAGCUCGUUGACCGGCAGACUCUGGCGCCGAUAACACGCGUGAAGACAGCCCCGCAUGAGCAAGGCCCUCCUCCUCCUCCUCCCCCCCACCUUUACACACGGACAUUAUUCGCGCGUCGCUAUUCACACGGAGAAUAUUUGCGUGCACAGCCUCAUCAUGUACACGCUCGUAAGUGUACGUACUCCAGCGUGCCCACUGCCCUUCGUACAGGAGCAAAAGUAGGGCUGGUGGUGCUGCCUAAGAAGCCACAUAUAAUGCACACAUUUCACGACGAAGCAACUGUCAAUCUACAACACAUCGCGGCAGCAAAAUGCAAUUAAAACUAUUAUUUUGUCACAUUUGGUACAUUUGCUCGCAUAUAACCGGAAUUACUUCCCCAAAAUUACGAUGUUUUUUUUUUUAUUUUCAUGUAAUCCCUUCGCUAGGUGACAUUGACUUCACUGAACCAUGCCAGGCUCGACGGCUGACAGCUGUGCCAGCUAAGAGGAAAUAUUUUAUUGAUUUAAACAUUGUAUAUGGUUUAAGGAAAACUAAGUAGUUCUCAACUGAUGCAACAACUGUUAAGGCCAAGAGCAGUCCAUCUGCCUCUUGUGUUAUCAUUCGUUACUUAUUUUGGGAAUGCACCUUGAUACCAGUUGAAAUAAAAUAAUUAUUUGACAAUAAUUUAACGAUUAAGCGUCUGCUGUCAUUGAUCACAAAAUAGGCUGCUAGCAUGUAAUAUUUUACAUAGAUGUAAGCGGAGUGGUGGCAAUACUUUAUGAACCCAGCCACCUGAGUUUAGCGAUGAUUACUUCUGAACGAGUUGUGGGUGCCUCGCGUCACUGACAUGCACUGGCCAGUGCGGUGAAGUAUGGUCAAACAAUCCCCAUGGCAAGAUACGGAGUUGCGGAGGCUUGUAUUCAGCAGUGGCCUGACGAAUGGCUGUAAACUAUUCGUGUAUACGACGAAGAUAUAAUUUAUGUAUUUAAAAUCUGCUGUUAUACUGACCAGUGAUGCCAUUCGGGAAGGAGCAGGAUGCGAAGGAGUUACCAUAACAGUGACAAGUACUGGAUCGAUGACGUGCGAGACAUCUGCACUCGAUGCACAUUAAUCAUCGUACCUCUACAAGCCACGCUUCCUCCUCGUGGACUCCCUGGGCUGAUGGGGCACAGCGGAGCUGCGGUGCCGUUUCAUCUUCUCGGUUAUGGCAGUGGAUAGAGUCCUGCCUGUCUCCUCGGUCCCCUGUGCCGUUUCAGCACGAGUGGUUGUAGCUUGGCUCUCUCUCUGGAGUUAACUCACAUUCUUGUUUGUCUGAAAUGACAAAGUAAGCGCUUGCUUUUUUUGUUAUUUGAUUUUUUUUGUUUGUUAUUUCCUUGACGCUUUGUGCGUUUACCGCUGCUGCUCACGGUUUGUGACGGGUUCGUCCGGAAGCACCCGGCAUCCUGCCAUGGCGCGAAGUUACGGGCCGAGGGUUCUGCCUCGCUGAUCAGCAACCACCGAGAGCCGGCGUAGGUGUGCGGUUCUGCCCGUUAAGAAAUGAGGCCAAAUCAAAUGACUUUCAAAAUGUUGACGUGUAACCCUCAUUCGGACUGCUUUUCAUGUCGGCGUGCCAGCACUUCUGCGAGGUGUCCCAAGCGCAGUGCGUCGGCCGGCAUCGGAGGGCAAAAUAGCGUGCGAGAACGUGCAGUUGUAACGUGAAGUCCUGAUCGUGGAAAGAUCCUUGCAGUCGAGCGCCAUUGUCGUUUUGUUCGCGUGGCAAGGUGUGCCCCAUUGCACAGGAGGGGGGGAGAACGGUGCAGGAAUCUGCCAGUACACGUGAAGCUGUUCACGAUCGCUUCCCCUGUAUGGACGCAGUCUACUUGGCGGAGAAAGCGCGUUGGUUGUGAGUUUUCGGUGCCUGAGUGUGCGUAGCACGCGGCGUGUCUUGUGGAAAUAAAAGUAAUAUUUAAAAAAAAAA